CAUGGAAGCCAUGCUAAAAUAAGAGCUCGGUGACAUGUAUCUUACUCACACCACACUAUUACCAUUUUUGUAUGAGCGAAUGAGACAAUAUUCCACAACUUCUUUCGUUUUCUCGAAGGUUGUCCCUAAAUGCUGAUGUCAAAACGGACCUGGGGUCCAUUUAUUAUACGGCAAAAUUAAAUAUACGUUUGUCAUUUCACACUCGGUCUCCAUCUUUGACAACUGUACAUAGUCGUAUUAUAUUGGUUCGAGUUUUUAGCGCGACUUCAAUGGUCGUCUUGACGAUAUUUAUUUAUUUUGUGAGGAUUUCUGAUAGAUCGUGGCAAAUAUAGCUCAGUGUAUAUUUGUGAUAGUUCCAAGUUUCAUUUCUGACUAUGGCUUGUGUGAUCAAGUGUUGCAAAUCACAUUCAGGAAGAAAAGAAAACACGCAAGAGGUUAUAUCAUUUCAUCGAUUUCCGAAGAAGAAGACCGGAAACACGAAGUUCAAGGUGCGAUGCUCGCAGUUCCUUUACUCCCAAAACUCCACCAAAAAGAAGGCCAAGAAGCUGAAAUGGAGCAGGCCCCCAGAUGUCUCCCCAGGUGUCUACCUUUGACAAUUGUACAUAAUCGUAUUAUAUUAGAUCAAAUAUCUCGGCGGUCGUCUGGCCGAUUUUUAAUUUAAUUGUAUUUAUUCCUGAUGGAUAGUUGAUGAUUCUGCUAAAUUCUUAUUUGUGAUGUGUUCAAGUUCCUUGUGUGAUUAUGGCUUGUGUGAUUGAAUUAAGGACUGUAAUUCACGUACAUGGAGAAAAGAAAACUCCCAAGAACCUGCUGUG